CGAGAGAUACCGACUCUUGAACCGAAAUUAUUUAGGUGAUGGAUGAGAUCCUUAACCGAUACGAGCCAUUUCUAAACCCUCGUCGUCGUGGCUCGUGUUACAGAUCAAGGCGAAGAAGCAAAAGGUCAGGUGAAGCAACAAUGUCGUGGAUGAAAGGAGAUUUACUUUCCAAAACCAGGAGGCUUGUUGGUGGGCUCGCUACAAGAGAGCCUGUUUGGCUUAAAGCCAUGGAAGCAUCACCACCUCCUGUCUUCCCUCGCUCUAAUGGGAACCUCAAGAAGAUUGUUCUCCCUGAAGAUCCCUACGUUCGCAGAUUCGCUCGUAAGCAUCCUGAAGCUAAACUCGUCGACCCCAACAAGGUUUCGGCGUUUAUUCCAGAUCCAGCACGCUUUUCUGGUUGCCGGGUUCUUGAACUGACCAAAAAUGGCAUCAGCGAGGAUGACGCCAUGUCUGUAGCUAAUAUGGAGUAUCUUGCGGAGAGAAAGGAAAAGAAGAAAGCAUACAAGCGCCUAAAGGAGCUUGCUCUUCUGCAAGACAAGGCUCCGCCUCCUAAACCCUAUCUUAGUACCAAAAAGGAGAUGCAAACUCAAGAGAAGAAAGCACCUGCGGAUCCUCCUAGCGUCCGCAGGCUAGUUAACCAGUUGAAACAGCAGAAAGAUGUGUUGCUUCAGGACAAACCUGGAGGUAGUACUAAUCAGGAUCAUUGGAUAGACGAAUAGAUUCUCCAUCACCCUUUUCUUUUUAUGCAAGUUCCAGUCUUUUUAUACAUGAUGACAAUUGUUGUUAUUCCCAUUUGAUUGUUUACAGAUCAUUUUCAACAAACAAGUGUUACUCCCAUUUGAUUGUAGUUGUAAUAACACAUAUCUUUGGAUGAUUCCUACAAACAAUUAGUUUCUACA